AUGGUACUAACAUACAAAUGUUCUUCAUCAAUCAGUGAAGGCAGUAGUUCAGGUAGUUCAAAUAUUUCAAGUGAUACUGCAUCAGACAGCAGUAUGUAUGUCUGUCAAUCGUAUCAGUCAACCUAUGCUCAGUAUCAGCAACAAGAAAUUCCAUUCAGGGAAAACAGUUUUAUAGGUGAUAGACCUAUAUUAGAUGAAUAUGAUUUUAUUGUCAUCGGAGCAGGUCCAGGAGGCUGUGUCGUGGCAAACCGUUUAUCUGAACAGCCAAAUUGGUCAGUACUUUUAUUGGAAGCAGGACAAGAUGAAUCUAUAUACACGGAUAUACCAGGAGCAGUACUAUUUCUAGAUGGAACAAGCUAUAAUUGGGGUUAUACCGCUGAGCCAGCAAAAAACGCCUGUUUUGGGUAUAAAGAUAAUCGUUGUCCAUGGCCGAAAGGAAAAGGCAUGGGAGGAUCAUCGAUUAUAAAUGCCAUGAUUUACACAAGAGGAAAAAAAGAAGAUUAUGAUACAAUUGCAGCACUAGGAAAUGACGGCUGGAGUUACGAUGAUGUAUUGCCCUAUUUCUUAAAAUCCGAGAACAAUUCAAUACCAGAAUAUCAAAAUUCACCUUUCCAUUCACAAAAAGGAAAUUUACAUGUCGAACGAGUUAGAUAUCAUUCAUCAUACGUUGACAAAUUUAUAGAAGCCGGCGGAGAAUUAGGAUUAAAUAAAAAUAUUGACUAUACAGUUAAUCCUGAUAAUGGGGUAUCACGUUUCCAAGCCACAACUCUAAAUGGACACAGAGUAUGUAUAUUGAUUAAUAGUGAAUAA